CGGAUACCCCAUACUGGAGAUAUUGCUGAAGAUGGAACGGACAGUGUCGAUUUAGAUCAACUCGGUGCCAGAGUGCUUGCCAAGCUCCAUCACAUGAUUAACAUUGCAAAGGAGUUAUUUGAUGCGAUGGAUGAAGAUGAGGAAAUCAGUGACAGCAACGAAAAGAGUAAUGUUUUUGGGGAGACCUUGAGUGAGUCCUGCUUGGACAACAAAAGUACCUGUUCCUCACCUGACACUCCGACAUCAUUCCCGCCCGAGCUGAAUCCUUCCAUGAGGCCGCCCGAAUUCACUGACAUCUCUUUCAGGCCUCCAUUUCUUCUGCCUCUCCGAAUUCAAGCGGUGAAGCAACUAAAGAUUUUCGACAUGAAGUGUUUCCCAUUCUACACCCUUUCUCAUGCACCAAUGCAGAGCCACAACCUUUUAGAAGGUGGUGACAUGAACAAGAAACCAGACGUGUCGACUCCCGAAAAUGAAGCAGUUGUUGGAAGACUACCUGCAGAAGAAAGUAACCACGGGACAAAGGAUUUUAUAAAAUCAGAUGGUUUCCAAGAUAUACAAAGUGUUAGUUCAGAUGUGAAGAAGCCGAGAACGGAAGGCCUAGAUGUAGCAAUCCUACCACUGCCGCCACUGCUGCCUCCUCUUCCUCCAGCUACGCUACCAGGGGACUCGUCUUUAUCAUUCAAUAAACCAGAGACAACUCUGCCCCCACCUCCACCGCCAAUUCCACCAAGUAAAGGAUCAUCAUCAGCUCCACUGCCCCCCAUGCCACCAUCCAGGGGAGGUGCACUUCCACCACCUCCUCCAGGUAGUUUGGCAAAAGCUCUGCGUGCCAAGAAAGCAAAUACCAAGCUAGAGAGAUCUACAAACAUGAGCAAGUUGUACAGAAACUUGAAGGCAAAGGUAGAAGGUGGAGAGAAAAACCAAAACUCAUCGAAAGGCAAAAGAACACCAGUCGGAGGGUCUUCAGGAGGGAAACAAGGAAUGGCCGAUGCCAUGGCAGAGAUCGCUGAAAGGUCAGGUUCCUCUACUGGUAUUGAUAUAUAUUCCCUUGUCGCAGUGAGUUAGUGAGCAAAAAAACUAAAUAGCCACAUUGUGGCUUCAUUUGGUUCUAUAGAUCAACAUAUUUUCAACAGAUUGAAGAAGAAGUCCGAGAGCACAGCAAUUUGAUUAAGGAGAUAAAAGCAGCCAUCAGUACUUUUCAAACGAAGGACAUGUCUGAACUCCUUAAAUUCCACAAGUUCGUCGAACAGCGCUUGGAGAAGUUAACCGAUGAGACACAGGUACUUUCGUUCU